AUGCAUGUCAGUUACUACUUGAGGUGGAAACAGACUAUUGACUCUCCUAUUCCAAUUGAGGUGGAAAGUUUGAAGGAACUGGAAGAGGCUGAAGUUGAAGAAUUAGAACAACCUAAAGAUCAAGUUGAUAAAGAAGAAGAAUUACCAAAAAGAGGGCCAUCAGUUUUUGAAGGGAAUGAUAAUGAUAAGUUGCAACAUUAUAGUGUCAUUGCUACUAGAUCAUUAGUGCAAAAGAAGAAAGAUCCUGGAUUGUUUACCAUUCCAUGUACAAUUGGUGCGUUACACUUUUCUAAGGCCCUACGUGACUUGGGUUCUAACAUUAAUUUGAUGUCACUAUUUGUGUUCAAGAAGUUCGGCUUGGGAGCCCCUGAAUCGACUUCAAUACGGCUACUUAUGGCUGAUCAUAUUGUAAAGAAACCAGUUGGGGUUCUACAAGAUGUUCUAGUUAAGCUGGAGGCGUUCAUCUUUCUUGUGGAUUUUGUGAUCUUAGAGUACGAGGUUGACUUUAAGUGCCUAUCAUCUUAG